AUGGAUCAGUUCCCGGACGGGAUCCACGUGCGGAUGCGGAGCCUGGUGCGCGGCUUGUACCUCUACGCCGACGAGGACGGGGUCGGCGUCUCCCUCAGCCCGCGCCGCGCCUCCGUGAACGCGGCGUGGCGGGUGCACCUGGUCCAGCGCGGCGACUUCCACUACGUCCUCCUAUGCGGCGCCGCCUACGGCCGGUACCUCGCGCUCUCGCCCGCCAUGGAGCCGCCGCCCGGCCUCCGCGGCCGCCGCGCCGUGCAGCGCGACUACGACGAGGCGGACCUGCACGCCGUCAUGUGGAGGGCCAUCGGGGUGGUGGGCGACGUCGACGACGGCGUCGUCGUCCUGCGCCACCGUGGCUUCACCCGCAGCCUCCGCGCCAACGGCAGGUACCGCCGCUGGCACACCUGCGUCACCGUCGAUGAUGACAUUGGCAACUUCGGAGAAAGGAGCACGAUGAUGUAUUGGAUAGUCGAGGAAAUCCCCCCGAGACCGGCGCCGCCUCCCCCUCCAACUCCAACUGUGAAUCUAGGAGGACCCGGCUUAAUCAGCCUGUUCACCUGGCGUGCCCAGCCCAGCGUAGAGCCGCUGCGGACGAUCCGGUACGUUCGGGUGAAUGAUCAGGGCCAGUUCAACCAGCAAGGCUGGGCCACGUUCCAGUUCUACGGCAGGUCCUUGUACCUCCUGAUUUGCAGGCUGUUGUACAUUCUGGACGAACCCAUCUUCAUCGGCGACGAAGGGAACUUCAGCAUCACGGUGUGCGUGCAAGCAGGCAUCUAUGGUCGGCGGACCCCUCUGGUCAUCGACCUGCCUCGCUGCGAGGAGCCCAUGGACAUCUUUGUCCUCACCACAGGGUCACCUGUAUUGUUACUAAGAAUAGUCUGA